AUGUGGAAGGCGCCGGUCUCACUUGUCCAGACGAAGCUGAUCAAAGCUUCGUCGCUGCACUCUCGCCUCCCACGGAUCCAACAUGCCUACGCCUGGCCCUUCCUCUUCCUCUACCCAGCCUGGGCAUUCAUCUACUAUUUCAAAUAUGACGAAUGGAUCAAGUCAGAGGAGAUCACCUUCGUCACCCUCGGACUCCUCCUUACCACCAACGCCAUGCUUUUCUUGACCUGCCAGUGGAGCGUCUCCGUCAAGGCCUCGCUUACCUGCAAAAAGGAAACUGAUGUCAAGAAGGCGACUAUCAUCCGUAUUGUUCCCGACAAGCACCGUGGACUCGGAGCUCUUUGCGAUCUCCACCACGAGAAUGGAGCAACCUACUUCUUCUUCCAAAAGAAAAAGUAUGUAUUCAACGACGACAAGAAGAUCUUCACAAAGAUCAAGUAUCCCUCCGAUCUUGGCUUGACUAUGGGCGAACUCCAGAAGGCACGCGGAUUGGGCGAGGAGCAGACCAUAACCUCGACUGCCACUUAUGGCAUGAACAGAUUCGACAUUCCUCUGCCAAAGUUCAUGGAGCUCUUCAAGGAACACGCUGUCGCACCCUUCUUCAUCUUCCAGAUCUUCUGUGUUGCUCUCUGGUGCUUGGACGAGUACUGGUACUACUCCAUCUUCACCCUCAUCAUGUUGGUCAUCUUUGAGUCAACUGUCGUCUGGCAGCGCUUGAGAACCAUUGGAGAGUUCCAGGGCAUGUCGGUCAAACCAUUCCAUGUCAACGUUCGUCGCAGCGGCACUUGGAUCAACAUCAUGUCCGACGAGCUCUUGCCUGGCGAUCUUGUUUCGAUUGUUCGCACCAAGGAAGAUUCCGGCGUUCCUUGCGAUAUGGUCAUUCUCGACGGAACCUGCAUUGUCAACGAGGCCAUGCUUUCUGGAGAGUCGACCCCAUUGUUGAAGGAAGGCAUCAUGUUGCGUGAGGCUGACGAUGUCCUGGAAUUGAACGGCGCCGACAAGCUGAACGUUCUCUAUGGAGGCACCAAGGUCCUUCAGGUCACCUCCCCUACAUCGUCCUUGAAGGCCCCCGAUGGUGGAUGCAUCUGCUACGUUGUCCGCACUGGAUUCGGAACUGCCCAGGGAAAGCUCGUCCGCACCAUGGUUUACUCGACCGAGCGUGUCACCGCCAACAACUUGGAAGCCCUUCUCUUCAUUCUCUUCCUCCUCAUCUUUGCCAUUGUCGCCGCCUACUACGUCUGGGUUAUCGGAACCGAACAGGGACGCAAGCGCGGAAAGUUGCUUCUGGACUGUAUCUUGAUUAUCACCUCGGUUGUUCCCCCAGAGCUGCCCAUGGAGUUGUCGUUGGCUGUCAACACUUCGCUGAUCGCCCUUUCCCGCCACCACAUUUUCUGCGUCGAGCCCUUCCGUAUCCCCUUUGCUGGAAAGGUCGAUGUCUGCUGCUUUGACAAGACUGGAACUUUGACUGGAGAGGAUCUCGUUGUCGAGGGUGUCUGCGGAAUUGAUGCCAGAGAGCCCGAGAAGUUGAUCAUGCCCGACCAGACCCCUAUGUCAUCCCGCCAUGUCCUUGCUACCGCUCAUGCUUUGGUUCAGUUGGAUGAGGGUCUUGUUGGUGACCCAAUGGAACGCGUCACUCUGGAGGCUUUGAAGUGGAAGGUUGGCAAGCACGACAACGUUUACCCCGACAACCCCUUCAACAAGAACGAACACCUUUUGAUCCGCCGCCGUUUCCAGUUCUCGUCUGCCCUCAAGCGCAUGUCGACUGUUUCCACUUUGACCAGCCCCGAGUUCCGGACCACCAAGCUGUUUGUUGCCGUCAAAGGAGCCCCCGAGACUUUGAAGAACAUGUACACCAAGUUGCCCCAGCACUACGAGGAGACCUACAAGCAGUUCACUCGCCGUGGAAGCCGUGUCUUGGCCCUUGGAUACAAGUACUUGCCCGAUGGAUUGAACGCCGACCAGAUCAAUGCCCUUCACCGCGACAAUGUCGAGUGCCAGCUCAUCUUUGCCGGAUUUUUGGUCUUCCACUGCCCCCUCAAGGAGGAUUCCGCCCAGGCCAUCAAGAUGUUGAACGAGUCCUCCCACCGCUGCGUCAUGAUUACCGGAGAUAACCCUUUGACUGCCUGCCAUGUCGCCCGCCAGGUCGAUAUUGUUAACCGCGAUGUUUUGAUCAUGGAUGUCCGCGAGGAUGGAGCUGGACCUGAGGAUCUCGUCUGGAAGUCCGUGGACGAGACCAAGGUGAUCGCCCUCGAUCCCACCAAGCCCUUCGAUCCCACUAUCUUCCGCGACUACGAUAUCUGUGUCACUGGACCCGCCAUGUCCCAGUACGAGAACAAGCCUACAUUCUCUGAACUGGUCCGCCACACCUGGGUCUAUGCUCGUGUCUCUCCAGGACAGAAGGAGACCAUUUUGACUACCUUGAAGGCCGGCGGAUACACCACCUUGAUGUGCGGAGACGGAACCAACGAUGUCGGUGCCUUGAAGCAGGCUCACAUUGGUGUCGCUCUCUUGGACGGAAAGCCCGAGGAUCUGGUCAGGAUCGCGGAGUACAAUCAGCUUCAGCGUAUCAAGAAUGUCUACGAAAACCAGCUCAAGUUCACUGCCCGUUUCAACAUGCAACCUCCUCCACCCCACGCCAAGAUCGCCCACCUUUAUCCUCCAGAGGUCAUUGCCGCCAAGCAGCAGGCUGCCCGCGAGGCUGCUGGCAUCGGUGCUGUUGAUGAGAACGGUCGGCCUGUUGCUGCACCCAAGCCCGCGUUGGAUAUGAGCGGUAUCGCUGACAUGAUGGAGGACGUUGAUGAGGAUGCACCCCCCACCAUCAAGCUCGGAGAUGCCUCUGCCGCCGCCCCCUUCACCUCCAAGUUGUCGACCCCCAUGUCGAUUGUUAACAUUAUCCGCCAGGGUCGCUGCACUCUUGUCGCCACUAUGCAGAUGUACAAGAUUCUCGCCCUUAACUGUCUCAUUACCGCCUACUCGCUCAGUGUCUUGUACCUCGACGGUAUCAAGUAUGGUGAUUUCCAGGUCACGAUUACCGGUAUCCUGAUGGCUGUCUGCUUCAUGUGCAUCUCCAAGGCCACCCCUCUCGAGCACUUGUCCAAGGAACGUCCCCAGCCCAACAUCUUCAACUUUUACAUCAUCCUGUCUGUUCUGGGUCAGUUUGCGAUCCACAUCUUUUCGCUGAUCUACAUUACGCGCGAGGCUAAGUUGAUCGAGCACGACCGUGUGGUGGAUUUGGAGAAGACGUUUGAGCCUGGUCUGUUGAACUCUGCGAUCUACCUGAUUUCGUUGUCGAUGCAGGUUUCGACAUUUGCGAUCAACUACAAGGGCCACCCCUUCCGCGAGAGCUUGAGGGAGAACACGUACCUAUACCGCGGUCUGUUGGCCGUUGCCGGAGUUGCUGUUGCAGGAGCGACUGAGUUUAUGCCCGAGUUCAACGAGUGGCUCCAGCUGGUGCCCUUCCCUGCGGACUUCAAGGUCAAGCUGAUGGGUAUCAUGGCGUUUGAUUACGUUGGCUCCUGGAUACUUGAGAUUGUGUGCAACACCUUGUUUGGCAACUUUGCAGCCAAGGACAUUGUCCGCAAGUAG